UUUGCAAGCGUCGCGUUUGAGUACGUCACGCCCAUGUGUUCAGUCAGUGGCAGGCAGAGCAGCGAUUUGAGAGAAUACGGCUUUCUAUGAGGGACAAUCUUAUAAUGAAAGCCGCUCUGAACUGCUUUUACACACUCAUCCACAGAAAGAGAUUUAUGUCUCUCUGCUGAUGCAGUACCAAAGCAGACACCUGAAACGGUUUCUCUAGAAGUAUUCGCCUCCAGCAGAAGACUAAAAGUGCGUCUGAAUGAGCUCAACUAUGGCGACGCGACUCUCUGACUUGUUUGGAAACAGCCGGAUAAUUGCAGGACUGCUGGUCAACCUACUGUCUUCGAUCUGUAUAGUGUUCAUCAACAAAUGGAUCUAUGUGCACCAUGGCUUUCCCAACAUGACCCUGACUCUCAUACAUUUCGUAGUGACAUGGCUGGGGCUGUUCAUUUGCCAGAAGAUGGAUAUAUUCUCCCCCAAGAGUCUCAGACCUUCUAAAAUCAUCCUGCUGGCCUUGAGUUUCUGUGGGUUUGUUGUUUUCACCAAUCUGUCUCUCCAGAGCAACACUAUAGGAACAUAUCAGCUGGCCAAGACCAUGACAACACCCGUGAUCAUAGUCAUCCAGACCUUGUACUACAGAAAGACAUUUUCCACAAAGAUUAAACUGACUCUAGUGCCGAUCACUUUAGGGGUCAUACUGAACUCGUACUAUGACGUGAAGUUCAAUCUUCUUGGGAUGAUCUUUGCCACACUUGGGGUCUUUGUAACCUCGCUGUAUCAAGUGUGGGUCGGUGCCAAACAGCAUGAGCUUCAGGUGAACUCUAUGCAGUUGCUGUAUUAUCAAGCACCCAUGUCUUCAGCGUUUCUCUUGGUCCUGGUGCCAUUCUUCGAACCCUUUACCGGAGAGGGUGGGAUCUUUGGCCCCUGGUCAUUUCAGGCCCUGGUCAUGGUUCUGCUGUCUGGUGUCAUUGCCUUUCUGGUCAAUUUGUCCAUUUACUGGAUCAUUGGGAACACGUCUCCUGUUACCUACAACAUGUUUGGACACUUCAAGUUCUGCAUCACAUUACUGGGUGGCUAUGUCCUCUUCCAGGACCCCUUGUCCUUAAAUCAAGGUCUGGGCAUCCUCUGCACGCUCAGUGGCAUCCUGGCAUACACCCAUUUCAAACUGGCAGAACAGGAGGAGGGCAAAAGCAAGCUUGCACAGAGGCCAUAGCCCUGCUGAUGGGCCAAUCAACAAGAAAGUCAGUGUUCAGUGCCUGAUUCGUUCAGGAAUAGCUAGCUAGCGAUGGCUCCUGCACAGGAGCGUGAAGACUAACCAAACAUAGACUGGAAGGAUGUAGGUUUAAGCCAUACAGGCUGAGAACUUUUAAUAGCAUUUCAAUCUUUUUAAGAGUUACAUUUUUAUUUCAAGUAGAGUAUUCAAUAUUUGCAGAUAAACUUGCAAAAACAAAAAAAAACAUGCUACUUGAGAGAGCAACUCUGAAAUUGCUGAAGCGUUUCCUUUUUUUUAUUUUGUAAGUGUUCUUUUAUAAUGUAUUUUUCAAAUGGUCUGUACAACAAUAAAACAUUUUAGAAAAAGUA